AAUUCCCUGAUCGGGGCCAAGGGCCGGCUGGUGCGUUCCAUCAUGGAGGAGUGUGGCGGGGUGCACAUCCACUUCCCUUCGGAAGGCUCAGGCAGCGACAAAGUCACCAUUCGGGGUCCCGGCGAAGAGGUGGAGAAAGCCAAGCGCCAGCUUCUGCAGCUUGCAGAAGAAAAGCAAAUCAACAACCACUCAGUGGAACUGCAUGCCAAGCCAGAGUACCACAAGUUUCUGAUUGGGCGUGGAGGUGCAAAUAUCCGCAAGGUGAGGGACCGCACCGGGGCCCGCAUCAUCUUUCCCACCGCCGAAGACAAGGACCAGGAACUCAUCACCAUUGUGGGGAAGGAGGAGUCAGUGCGGCAAGCCCAGUAUGAGUUGGAGAACCUCAUCCGGAACCUGGAUAAUGUCAUUGAAGAUUGGAUGCUGGUGGACCCCAAAUACCACCGCCAUUUUGUAGCACGCCGAGGGCAUGUCCUGCGGGAGAUUGCAGAAGAGUAUGGCGGGGUGACCGUCAGCUUUCCCCGGACCGGGGUUCAGAGCGACCGAGUGACACUAAAGGGGGCGAAGGACUGUGUGGAGGCUGCCAAGAGACGCAUUCUGGAAAUCAUCAGUGACCUG